CCAGCAGCGCUGCCCGCGUGGCCCCGCGUCGAGCGAGCGGUGCCUGCGCUAGCGUCGGCCGUAUGUGCGGGAGCAAGUUGCCGCGCUGCGCCGACAGGCACGCGGCCAGUGUGCGCGCGCAUGACAGCUGGCUGCGCGCAGCCCGCGACUGCGCACGCUGCGCCCAGCGAGGGCGUUGUCCCGAUGGCCGGCCGCCGCCCUUGCGCCUUCGCCUUCGCACGCCCCUCGGCAGAGACGCCGAGCCCGGCCGGACGGGGUCCACACGGGCCACGCUGCCAGCAGGGGCCCACAUGUCACCUCGCUCGCUCAAGAGCGGCGCUUGCUUCCCAACCAUCAUCUACCGCAACGCACCGCGCUCCGCAAGUCGCAAAGCAGCCCGCCGCCCGCACACGUCUCCUGCUCCAGAGCACCUCAGGGACGUCGCAUGCGGGCCAGCGCUCGCCACCCAUGAAGUUGCUCGACCGUCUGCGCAGCCAUCGCAUCUCGUCACCGCCAUUCCUCGCGCCGCCGCAGCCGCAGCAGGCGUCGUCCGGCAGCAGCAGCAAGCAUGCCGCCUCCUCGGGCCUCUUCUCGAAGAGCUCGACGUCGUCGGCCUCCUCAUCGUCGCCGUCCUACCACGAGCCCCUGAGCAGCCCGGCGGCGGCAAGCUCGAGCCGCAGCUGGAUCUCGCGCUCGACAGAGCUGCCCGCGUCCUCGCGCGACAAGCCGCUUCCCGUCCCGAGUCGCCCGAGGCGCGACGCUCCACCAAAGGUGCCGAGCAAGUCUGAUGCCAGGCCAAAUGUCGCCACGGCGCUCCGCGACGUCACGCGCACUGCUGUAGCACCCAUCGAGUCCGUCUCGACUGCUGCAGCACCACUCGAAUGGCUAUCUACUAGUCGAGUGGCCUCGCCGACAUCGCAACAGGCGAGCACAGACACCCAGUAUGCGGCAGCGCCUCGCCGCGAAGACAACGCCGCCUCGACGCGCAGUGCGCCAAGUCUCGAGGCAUCGCGGCGGUACAGCGGCGAAGGCUUCCUCGCCAAGGCUAGCCGGCGUCUGCGCCUGAGCGAAAGCUCGACGUCGCUGCCAGUCCGCAGCGUGGACAGCGAGCUAAGUGCUCAGCCGGCAGUGUCGCCGUACUGCCUCUCCAAUGGCAGCGCACAUUCACUGUCCGACCAGUCGCAGCAGAGUCGCCGGCGCCGAAGGCUGCCAUCAGGCAAGAGCUCGAGCGCCGUCAACGAGCGGACAGGCAGCGCAGCGUCUGGCCAGGACGCAGAAGGUGGUCGAUCCUAUCCGCCGUCGGCUCCCAGCGCCGUCUUCGCCGAGCGUCGGCGCGGCACAUCGAUCAGCUCCAGGCAUUCCUCCUCGCAGCCAGUCUCGCCUCUGCUCAAGCAGCGCGACUUUGCCGGGAGCGUCAGCCCGCCGCCGCGGCUGCAGUCGCUUCCGCCAAGCGCGUGGAACGGACAGGCGCUGAUGGACGAGACGAUGCGCGAGCGUCCGCUCUCGCGCAUGUCGAGCACGCGCAGGCCGUCGACCACAGAAGGCUCCUCGUCCGAGCAGAUGUCGCUGUCGACGUCUGGCCAGACGAGCUGCAGCACCGUCGACCUCGAGGCACCGCCGCCAGCGUUCAUUGCGCCCAUGCUCGAAUGCCUCGGGUUGCCGCCGGCCGGCCUCGAUGCUCACGACUUGGAUGCGCGCGUUGAUCUCGUUUGCGCAUGGGUUCUCGACCCUGACGCUCUCGCGAACACAGGUCCGUCAGCAGCAGGAGAGGGCAGCGCUGCUGAGGCUCCACGCCGCAGGAUGAGCUUCCGCCGCCGACCGCGACGCCUAAGCGAGGUCUCGACGACGUCGCGCCGCGGGCCGCUGCAGUCCUCGGUGCGCGAAGUUGAGCGGCUCGAGACGGAGAUGCUCAACCACGUGUCGCGGUGCCUCGGGCGCAAAGCAGCGGACAAGGAGCACUUCUCGCAGCUGCGUCUGGCCGAGGUGUUCCAGCGUGCACGCGUGCACCUCGGCCUCGAUGGCGAGAGCCACUUCACUCUCUUCACCGCGCUCGAGACCGAGCCAUGCGCUCCGGCGCUCGACACUCGCACCUCGAUGGACUCGACGCGCCCGGAAGCGCUCGACACUGUCUCGACCGUGGCAGCGCCUGGUAACCUUCCGCUCUCUCCGCCUCCGCGACGUCGACGCCGUCGGCCACAGACGGCGCCGGAUGGCGCACUGGCGCAAGACCGCGCCGGCCUGCCUCGCGACAGCGGCGCCGAGGCUGCUCGUCGACGAGGCCACUUUGUGCCCACACGCGAGGCCUCGCUGCGUUUCUCUGCCGCUUCUCCGCCCGGCACGCUGCCGCCUGCAGCCUUUGGCCGGCAGCCAUGGGUGCCGCUGUCCACGUCGGGCUGGACCGUCGACUCGCCCGGCUCGCCGACGCCCUCGCGCAGUGGCCACGCUCCGCCCGUCAGCAUCCUGUGCAACCCGUCUGCACCCAGCGGGCACGCCGCACCUGCGAUUCCGUCUCAGUAGCAGCUCUCCACCGACUGCGCGUCUCCGGACCGAGGUCACCCAGCAUCCUCUCUUAUUCACGGCGGCCCGUCCCUGCUGGGCCGCCUGUACUAUCCUCUGCCGACACCGUCCCUGCCCCUGCUUGUAUCUUUAGGCGUGCUUGCUGUCACCGUACCCCUGGGCCAUCCCGGCCGACUAACAUAAACGAGUCUUUGCCGGGCCGACGAGGGGCCGAGGUGCGGGAGUGUCACGUGGGGUUGCAGGAUGGGCUGCCGCGCGGCGGAAGCAAGCAGAAGGCGUCACAUGCCCACUCCUCG